AUGUUUGCAAGACAAUCCGUUAGAACCGCCGUUGCAGCAGCUAGAGUGCAACCAGCUGCACAAAGAAACGCAUCCUCUCUUGUCAACAAACUUCAAACCCUAAGUGAAAAAUCCAUCUAUUAUGCUAAAGUCACUGCAGAAUUAUCCAAGAUUGUUUACGUUAAGGAAGGUCUAGCACCACCAACUGUUGCUGAAUUCACCAAGGUGUACGAAUGUGCAUCCAAGCAAGCACAAUUAUUUGCAAAAGACCCAAAGGCAGUCAUUGAGUUGUUCAUCAAGAAUGCAAAGGGUUUCAACAAGGAUGAAAUCUUAAGAUACCUUGCCUACUUUAUUCAGAUUCUAGGUUUCUUCUCUCUUGGUGAAAUCAUUGGUAGAAGAAAUGUCGUUGGUUAUGCAUCCGAACAUUAA